AAGUGUUGGCCGAGUUUCCUGUCACAUGGCCCGCCUGGAAACAGGAUCCCUGCGCGCUGCUAUCUAGUCCCACACUCGGAGGUGUCGCUCCGCCAGAAGCUGCGUGCUGGGCUCGGGACGUUGACGGACUUCCCCGAACGGAGACGACCGGAGCCGCCUGACUCCCUCACCUGGGCACCAUGGACCCGUGGACCACCGGCACAUCUGCGCUGCUUGUGGCCGCCUUGGCGCUCUCCUCUGCGGCUCUCAGUCACUUCGACACCGAGUGUUACACGGCCAAUGGAGAGGACUACAGGGGCUUCCAGAACCAGACCGGCCUGCGUGGCGGUAAACCCUGUCUCUUUUGGAACGAGACCUUCCAGCACCCCUACAACACGCUGAAGUAUCCCAAUGGCGAGGGCGGCUUGGGCAGACACAAUUACUGCAGGAAUCCGGACGGCGACGUCCAGCCGUGGUGUUACAUCGCCGACCACGAAGACGGAAUCUACUGGCGAUACUGCGACAUCCCCACAUGCCGGAUGCCGGGUAACCUGGGCUGCUUCCGAGACAGCGGCGACCCCCCCGCCCUCUCUGGCGCCACCGAGACUUCCAACAAGCUCACCAUCCAGAACUGCAUCAGCUUCUGCAGGAAGCAAAGAUACAAGCUUGCCGGCAUGGAAUCGGGGUACGCUUGUUUCUGCGGCAACGAAGUGGACCUGCAGGACCACUACGAGUCCCCCGGCAUGGAGUGCAACCACGUGUGCUUCGGCGACCACACGCAGCCGUGCGGCGGAGACGGCUGGGUCAUCGUCUUCGACACCCGGGUGGGGUCCUGCGGGGGCAACCUAACUUCCCCGUCCGGAGUCAUCUACUCGCCCGACUUUCCGGACAAAUACAGAGCCAGCCGUGUUUGCUACUGGACGGUGCAGGUGCCCGGAUCCUCGGCCAUCCUGUUCAACUUCACCUUCUUCGACAUCUCGGAUCAAGCCGACAUGGUGGAGCUGCUGAACGGCUACACCAAUCAGGUGGUGGCGCGCUUUGACUGGCGCAGCCCCCCGAGAGAGGUGGUCAAUGUCACCGGAGACUUCGUCAUCGUUUACUUCUUCUCGGAUCGCACCAACCAAGCCCAGGGUUUCGCUCUGCUAUACCAAGCGCUGAGGAGCCAAAGUGAGGAGGAAGAGGAGGAGAACGGCGAGACGACGGAGGACAGCGACGGCAGCUUCCGAAGCACAGUGGCACCUCCUCAGCCGCCCGCCGCUGUCACCGACAGGUCCAACCUCACCUCCAAAGGACGCUCCACGCAGAUCCUCUACGUCAUCACGUCCAGCCCCGGCAAACCGGAGCACAACAUGCCAGGUCAGUGGGCUGGACCCGGCGAGACCCACAGCGCUAUGUGGACCAUCUAUGCCCUGGCCGCCCUCCUCAUCCUCACGGUGGUCGCCAUGGUAGCCAAGCUGCUGCUGCACAUCACCGUCAAGUCCCCCCGCAUCCCCACCGUGAGCGGCUCGGACACUUGCAGCCCGAGCGCGACCUCGUCGGAGCCUUGGAUCAUCCUCUACCGACCCUCCACCAUCUCCCUCUUCAAGAAGAAGCUAAAGAACCACCACGGCGACCUCAGCCCCCUGGUGGGCAACUAGUGCCAUGGCCGCGGCCGCGCUGCUGCUUUGUCGGGACCAAACGCGGAAAACCACGACGCCACCCAGAACCCCUACCAUCACAGGGGGGGAAGGGCCAUCACAGAAGCGCCCUUAGAUAAUGGAUCAUCUUCGCUGACUAGCGGCUAAUGACUGGAGGCAGACCGAGCGGGCCCGGCUGAAGGGUAAGGGGGGGAGCCAGGCGCAGACCCACCCCGGUGGCUACUCCUUCAUCUUCAUCGGGACUCAGCAUAGCUUCUUCUAUUCCGCGGCUUCUUUUCAAUUGUAAGAUAAGUGUGUCGCUCGCGGUGGACCCCUUGAGGGGACGGGCGGACGUCAGACCUUCGACGCUCACGGAGACUGCGAGCGGUGGCACAGCGGGUGACGGGAGAUCUGAGGUCUUUGGCGUGGCGUUCAAGUGCCUUAAGGGUCUGCUCAUCGGUCUUUGACCGGAGCGAAAAACUGAUGCCUCUGAUCCCGCGGUGGAUACACCGGACGAGGAUUUAUUUUUAUAGUGUGAUGAGACGUUCAAAGACCUGUUGGUGUUUCCUACUGAACAUAUUGUUCACUUCUGUUGUGUUGAAUGUGAUGUAUUUAUACCGGGGACAAACGUAUUGGGACCAGGGAUCGACACCGAAUUGAAUGAUUUCCGUCAGUACUACCGGGUACCGAUUUGCAUCGAAUCAAACCGUACCACAUUUUGGUACCUGUGAUGUACCUGACGUCACGUAUGGACUCAAGCACUUGGAGUGAAAACAAGCACUCAGAUUAACCACACACACACUCGUGUGGUGAAAUUACCCUCUGCAUUCCACCCAUUUCCUGGUUCCACCCCCUAGGGUGGAACCAGGAAAUGGGAUUUGAACUCACGCCCUACCAGUGUCAGGGCGGACACUCUAACCACUAGGCCACUGAGCAGGUUCAAAAAUGUUUGGAGCAAAUUACAAUGUUCCAUGCCAACAAAGCAAGCGUGCCUGAUAGGAAGGUCUCAAAAGUAAGGCUAGCUCAAAGCUAAUUUACAUUGCAUAUGCAAUAGAUGUGCUAUGGAUUAGCAUUAGCGUUUGCAACGCCUCCAAGUUUGGAGUUUGGUCAUGAAAACUACAACUUAAGUGCACGUUAGAAUCAAACGACCAGUGUGUAACAAGCACAAUACUUACAACAUUAAGACUUUGUAGGGCUCAACAUAAGACAAGAUCGGCAUGUAUUUAACUUACUGGCAAAGACUACUUCCUGACUCGGACAAAGUGAAAUGAACACUUGCUAAUGAUAACAUAGUUAUCAUUAUUAGCUCACUGUUAAAUAUUAAACAAGUUUAAUAAACAUAUUUGGAAAUUUGAGUUCUGAUAUCGAUUCGGAGCUACCAGGUAUCGGUUUAGAUGUGAAAUGUACCCAUCCCGUAUUGGAACACAUUCUACCUUACAGUACAGGGAGUGAAAUAGGUUUUUAUUACCUAAAUGUAUUUUAUAAAAACAAAGCAAGCAUGCCUGAUAGGAAGCUCUCAAAGUAAGGCUAGCUCAAAGCUAAUUUACAUUGAAUAAGCCAUUGACAUGCUACGGAUUAGCAUUAGCGAUUGCAACGCCUCCAAGUUUGGUCAUGAAAACUACAACUUAAGUGCACGUUACAAUCAAAUGACCGGUGUGUAACAAGCACAGUACUUACAACAAAAAUACUUUUUAGGGUUUAACAUAAGACAUGACUGGCAUGUAUUUAACUUAAGGGCAAAGACUACUUCCUGACUCGGACAAAGUGAAAUAAAUACUUGCUAAUGAUAAAAUAGUUAUCAUUAUUAGCUCACUGUUAAAUAUUAAAUAAGUUUAAUAAACACAUUUGGAAAUUUGAGUUCCGAUAUCGAUUCGCAGCUACCAGGAAUUGGUACUGUAUCGGUUCAGAUGUGAUAGGUCCCCAUCCCGUAUUUGGAACACAUUCUACCUUACAGUACAGGGAGUGAAAUAGGUUUUUAUUACCUAAAUGUGAAAAUGUACUUUGUUAAACCCCAACCUCAUUUUUUUACUUAGAUAAUCACGUGGAGUGCAUGAGAAAGUUUAACAAGGAAAACCCUUCUGUCUUUUAGCAGCGAGUGUAUUUUACAUGUUGUAAACUCAAGCAGCGGGGUGCGGACCAAUAAUUGUACUUUGCCGUCAGCAGGCUUUUACACAGUCCCACCUAGUACUGCAGUAGUUUUCUACAAAAACAAGUCCAAGUCCCAAUACUUUUGUGCCCGCGGGUCUUUUUCUAUUCUGUGUUUCGACGCCUCAAAAACCAAAAAGUUCCCCCCACCCUCCCCCAAGUACAUACUCUGUAUUGACUGCGGGGUUUUUUUUGGUUGGCAAGGUCAAAAAUUAGUUCCUGUCACUUCCUGUCACUCCAUGCUUUCAAGGUCCAAAAGCAGAUGCACUUAGAAAGAGUCCAAAAGUGAAGAAAAAAAAAAGUACUUGAACAACCCGAGCACUUGUGCCACAGCAUGUCGGCCUGGCAAUAUUCCACCUUCAGAGACCCGCUUCUGCGUAAAAGGCAACGGCGGAUAAAUGUCACAGCUGCUGUUUCUAAAAAAAAAAAAGGUCAGUGACUGUGAAAAAAAACAGUGAGUUGGUUUUCCGACUGUUGGACUUUUGUGUUGCUGUUCUGUAUAAACAGCAUCGAUACGGAAUGCAGGGACCAGGUACCAAAUUUGGUCCUCUUAUAGUAGGGGUGUCCAAAGUGCGGCAGGUAAUUUUUUGACGGCCCCACGGCACCUUUUAAAAAUACAAUUUAAACAUUUUUUAAACAUAAAAAGUGAUAUAAAGGAGCAAGUGGUGAAAUGUAACAAGAAAAUGUUGCAAUGUUUACUCUAAUAACACAAAACUGCCAUGCCGGCUGUUUCUUUCUUUAAAAAAUAAUAAUGAAUCAAAAUUAAUGUCAUUAUGAAUUAUUGACCUAUUCAAGGCUUCGAUUACGUCACAUUAAAUAUUCCACUUUGAGAUGUUUUUGGGGGAAAAUGUUGCAUAUUUUGUGUUUGCCAUAUAAAAAACUGAGCUGUUUUUUAAAGAAGGGCCUAAAAUGAACAAACAAAAAACCUAAACAACAAUAAAACUUAUAAUUAACUGAUAGAUCUGAAGUUGAUCUCGAGAUUAUUGUGUUAAAAGUAAACAGUGAAAAAAAUGUAUUAUUUAUUUUCUAACACUUUAAUAAGUAGGACACUUUUGGAUCCCCAAUCAUUUUAGUGUGAUUUGUUUUUUAAGUGUCAUUGCUCAAAAAAUAACAAUGAAUUCAAAUCAAUGGUGUUAUUAGUUGUUGACCUUUUUAAUGCUCCAAUUAUUAUAUAAUCUCAAAUAGUCCACUUAAAAAAUCAUUGGGUGAAAAUAUUGCAUAUUUUGUGAUUUUUUUCCAUAAAAAAAUCUUUAAAAUCAUUUUAUUGACAGAUAGACCUAAUGAUCUAGAUCAGGGGUCACCAACGCAGUGCCCGCGGGCACCAGGUCGCCAGUAAGGACCAGAUGAGUCGCCCGCUGGCCUGUUCUAAAAAUAGCUCAGUCAACUUACCAGCGAGCUGCCUCUAUUUUUUAAAUUGUAUUUAUUUACUAGCAAGCUGGUCUCGCUUUGCUCGACAUUUUAAUUCUAAGAGAGACAAAACUCAAAUAGAAUUUGAAAAUCCAAGAAAAUAUUUUAAAGACUUGGUCUUCACUUGUUUAAAUAAAUUAUUAUUUUUUUUUUUUUUUACUUUGCUUCUUAUAACUUUCAGAAAGACAAUUUUACAGAAAAAAUACGACCUUAAAAAUUAUUUUAGGAUUUUUAAACACAUUUUUACCAUUUAAAUUCCUUCCUCUUCUUUCCUGAUAAUUUAAAUCAAUGUUCAAGUAAAUCUAUUUUUUUUAUCGUAAGGAAUAAUAAAUACAUUUUAAUUUAAUUCUUCAUUUUAGCUUCUGUUUUUUUGACGAAGAAUAUUUGUGAAAUAUUUCUUCAAACUUAUUAUGAUUAGAAUUAAAAAAAAAUAUUCUGGCAAAUCUAGAAAAUCUUUAGAAUCAAAUUUAAAUCUUAUUUCAAAUUAUUUUGAAUUUCUUUUAAAAUUUUUGUUCUGGGAAGUCUAGAAGAAAUAAUGAUUUGUCCUUGUUAGAAAUAUAGCUUGGUCCACUUUGUUAUAUAUUCUAACAAAAUGCAGAUUGGAUUUUAACCUAUUUAAAGGCCUACUGAAACCCACUACUACCCACCACACAGUCUGAUAGUUUAUACAUCAAUGAUGAAAUAUUAACAUUGCAACACAUGCCAAUACGUCCGGUUUAGUUUACUAAAUUGCAAUUUUAAAUUUCCCGGGACUUUUUUCUUGAAAACGUCGCGUAAUGAUGACGUGUAUGCGGUCACGUCAUGGGCUGUUAUGAAUAUGAGCUCUGCGUACACAGACAUCUAAAAGUCGUCUGCUUUAACGGCAUAAUUACACAGUAUUUUGGACAUCUGUGUUGCUGAAUCUUUUGCAACUUGUUCAAUUAAUAUUGGAGAAGUCAAAAUAGAAAGACGGAGUUGGGAAGCUUUAGCCUUUAGCCACACAAACACACGGUGAUUCCUUGUUUAAAAUUCACGGACGUGGAACUUUACUAUGGAUCACAGCAAACAUGGAUCCCAACCAAAUGUCAACCAGCAGGUUUCGGUGAGAAAAUUGUAGUUAAAAAGUCGCCUCUUACCGGAUAUCAGCUGAGCUUGUGCCGUCCAUACAGCUGCCGUCGACUUCCCAGAGACACUGCGCGUCAACACCCGGCCGUGGACGUACACUUCCGACUAUCCGUCCAUCCAUCCAUCAUCUUCCGCUUAUCCGAGGUCGGGUCGCGGGGGCAGCAGCCUAAGCAGGGAAGCCCAGACUUCCCUAUCUCCAGCCACUUCGUCUAGCUCUUCCCGGGGGAUCCCGAGGCGUUCCCAGGCCAGCCGGGAGACAUAGUCUUUCCAACGUGUCCUGGGUCUUCCACGUGGCCUCCUACCAGCUGGACGUGCCCUAAACACAUCCCUAGGGAGGCGUUCGGGUGGCAUCCUGACCAGAUGCCCGAACCACCUCAUCUGGCUCCUCUCGAUGUGGAGGAGCAGCGGCUUUACGUUGAGCUCCUCCCGGAUGGCAGAGCUUCUCACCCUAUCUCUAAGGGAGAGCCCCGCCACCCGGCGGAGGAAACUCAUUUCGGCCGCUUGUACCCGUGAUCUUAUCCUUUCGGUCAUGACCCAAAGCUCAUGACCAUAGGUGAGGAUGGGAACGUAGAUCGACCGGUAAAUUGAGAGCUUUGCCUUCCGGCUCAGCUCCUUCUUCACCACAACGGAUCGAUACAACGUCCGCAUUACUGAAGACGCCGCACCGAUCCGCCUGUCGAUCUCACGAUCCACUCUUCCCCCACUCGUGAACAAGACUCCUAGGUACUUGAACUCCUCCACUUGGGGCAGGGUCUCCUCCCCAACCCGGAGAUGGCACUCCACCCUUUUCCGGGCGAGAACCAUGGACUCGGACUUGGAGGUGCUGAUUCUCAUUCCGGUCGCUUCACACUCGGCUGCGAACCGAUCCAGUGAGAGCUGAAGAUCCCGGCCAGAUGAAGCCAUCAGGACUACAUCAUCUGCAAAAAGCAGAGACCUAAUCCCGUGGCCACCAAACCGGAACCCCUCAACGCCUUGACUGCGCCUAGAAAUUCUGUCCAUAAAAGUUAUGAACAGAAUCGGUGACAAAGGACAGCCUUGGCGGAGUCCAACCUUCACUGGAAACGUGUCCGACUUACUGCCGGCAAUGCGGACCAAGCACUGACACUGAUCAUACAGGGAGCGGACUGCCACAAUAAGACAUUCCGAUACCCCAUACUCUCUGAGCACUCCCCACAGGACUUCCCGAGGGACACGGUCGAAUGCCUUCUCCAAGUCCACAAAGCACAUGUAGACUGGUUGGGCAAACUCCCAUGCACCCUCAAGAACCCUGCCGAGAGUAUAGAGCUGGUCCACAGUUCCACGACCAGGACGAAAACCACACUGUUCCUCCUGAAUCCGAGGUUCGACUAUCCGGCGAAGCCUCCUCUCCAGUACACCUGAAUAAACCGGCCGUGGACGUACACUUCCGACUAUCAGGUACUAUUAAACUCACUAAAACACUAGCAAUACAAUAGAAAGAUAAGGGAUUUCCCAGAAUUAUCCUAGUAAAUUUCUCUAAAAACAUAUGAAUCCGUCUCAAUGCAACGCGAUUGCAAUCGCGUUUUUUUUUUUUACUUUUUUUUUUUCUAGUCCGUCGCUAUCAAUAUCCUCAAAUAUUUCAUCCUCGCUCAAAUUAAUGGGGAAAUUGUCAUUUUCUCGGACUGAAUAGCACUUUCUGUUAAAGGCUACCAUUAUAAACAAUGUGAAUAUGUGAGGAGCCCUCAACGGGUGACGUCAUCGUCUGCGACUUCCGGUAGAGGCAGGGCUUUUCUCCAGUUGCAAACGUUAUCGUGGAUGUUCUCUACUAAAUCCUUUCAGCAAAAAUAUGGCAAUAUCGCGAAAUGAUCAAGUAUGACACAUAGAAUGGACCUGCUAUCCCUGUUUAAAUAAGAACAUCUCAUUUCAGUAGGCCUUUAAAACAUGUCACAAAAUGUUUUUAAUUAAUCUUAAUCUGGAAAAAUUACUAAUGAUGUUCCAUAGAUUUUUUUUUUUUAUUCUUUCAAAAAGAUUCGAAUUAGCUAGUUUUUUUCUUCUUUUUUUCGGUUGAAUUUUGAAUUUUAAAGAGUCGAAAUUGAAGAUAAAUUAUGUUUCAAAUUUGUAUUUUCUUUUUUUUUUGUGUUUUCUACUUUUUUAAACCAUUCAAUUAAGUGGUUUUUUUUUUCAUCAUUUAUUCUCUACAAAAAACCUUGCAUAAAAGGAAAACAAAUGUACGACGGAAUGACAGACAGAAAUACCCAUUUUUUAGUAUAUAUACAUUUAUUUAUUAAAGGUAAAUUGAUCAAAUUGGCUAUUUCUGGCAAUUUAUUUAAGUGUGUAUCAAACUGGUAGCCCUUCGCAUUAAUCAGUACCCAAUAAGUAGCUCUUGCUUUCAAAAAGGUUGGUGAUCCCUGAUCCAAACAAACUUGAAAAUGUAAAACUUGAAUAAUAAUUAAAAAAAAUAAUACUGAAUAAUGACACAUUUUUUAUAUUUUUUGGACCAAAACCCUUUGGGGUCCCUGAGAUCAAGCCUGAGUUGAGACCGAAAUGUAUAUUUUUUAUACAUAUAUUGUAUUGUUUUUUUAAAUAAAAAAUAUCAAAAUGGCCCCCGCUUACUUUGAUUUUGCAGUGUGCGGCCCUCAGUAGAUAAAGUUUGGACACCCCUGUCUUACAGGCACCGACCGAAAUUCAGUCAGUACUGGAUUUGCAUUAAAAAAAAAAAAACUGUGGCAAAUGUUGAUACCUUUGUAGCAUUUUACGCCAACAAACCAAGUGUGCCUGAUGGAAAACACUCAAACAUGGGGUCCACUCUUCAAAAUGCGCUAGCUCGACGCUAAGUUAAAUGGGAUUCGCCAUAGACAUGCUACCGAUUAGCAUGAGCGUUUUUACAUGGCAAUUUGAACACCUCACAAUUUUGGCGUUAAACUACAACUCAGAUACACGUUACAGUCAACCAGCUGGUGUGUAGCAAGUGCAAUACUUACUAUAUAAACACUUUGUAGGGCGCAGCAAAAGACUAGGUUCAGUUUAAUAGCAAAAAAAACUCAACAUACGUCAUCUCAUGUCUUGGAGUUGUAACUGCAUGCAAAGGCUACUAUUUAAUACUCGCAAAUGAGACUCAGAAGUGUAAGAAUUGGAAAACACAGUUAUCAUUUUAGCUUAAAAAUUAUAUUUUAGUAUUAAACAAAUGAAUAUUUAAUGAUACACAGAUGUACUGGAAACCCCGCCUUGGCUGGCUUCUGUGUACAAGGUACUAGGGAGAUAAAUGCGGCAACUUUGCAGAUUAGGAAAAAUGCCAUUUCCUGUAAAAAUAACAAACAUGUAUUUUUCCUGCCUUUUAUCUGCGUGGCUGUUCUGUAAAAAAUGUCACAGACACCAAAUGUUGGACAACCUGGUAAUUUUCCACCUUUGGACAUAGAAUCAGAUUUGUAAUGCACACAGACACACAAUGCCGGGACACCUGAUGAAACAUCUUUACUCUCGAGUCGCUGUGUGAGAGCGCACACAAUUGCGAAAACAGGCAGAGUUCUGCAUGAAAGGAGCAGACUGAUACAUACAGGCUAAGGCUGUGAUCCGGCAAUUUUCCGCCUUCUAGGGUAGUGUCAGAGUUGUGACAUGUAAAAGCGUUGUUGCACCAACGUCCCAUCUUUGCUGAGUUCUGUGUACAAGGUAAUAGGUAGGUAAAUGUGGCAAUUUUACAGAUUAGGAAAGGCGCUAUUCCCUGUUUUUAAAAAAAAACAUUUUUCCUGCCUUUUAUUUUCGUUGCUGUUUUGUUAAAAUGGCACCGACACUAAAUGUUGAAUAACCUGGCAAUUUUCCAUCUUUGAAAUCACAGAAUCAGAAACAUAGUGCAUAAAGACACACAAUGCCUUGACACCUGAUGAAACAUAUUUAAUAUUGUGUCGCUGUGUGAGAGCGCACACAACAGGCAGAGUCCUUCGUGAAAUGGGCAGACAAAUAAAUACAGACUAUGGUUGUGAUCUGGCAAUUUUCCACCUACUGAGGUACCAUCGUGGUUGCACUGGUGGUCUGUACAAGGUAAAAAGUUUGAUAAAUGGGAAAAUUUUGCAGUAUCUCCGUGUGAAAUAUGUUUGUCCCCAUGAAAAAAAAAUACAUUUUUACUGCCUUUUUAUCCGUUGCUGUUCUCUGAAAACGGUACCAACCACAAAUUUGGGGACAAACCGGCAUUUUUUCGCAUUUGGACAAAGAAUCAGACUCAUGAUGCACAGAGACGUGCGCUUUUAUUCCUGUGUCGCUGUGUGAGAGUGCACACGUUUGCAGUAACAGGCAGAGUUCUGCGUGAAAGGGGCAGAACAAUUUUUUAAAGCUGGCAAUUUUUCCACCUUCUGAGGUAGCAUCAUGGUUGCAUUGGAGGUCUGUACAUGGUAAAAAGGUGGAUAAAUGUGGCAAUUUUGCAGGAUCUCUGUGUGAAAGAGGCUUGCCCCCAUGAAAAAAAUGCAUUUUUACUGCCUUUUAUCUGUUGAUGUUCUGUACAAACAGCAAUUGCGGCAACAGGCAGAGUUCUGCGUGAAAGGGACUGACAAAUAAGUAAAUCUGGCAAUUUUUCCACCUUCUGAGGUAGGUGGAUAAAUGUGGCAAUUUUGCAGGAUCUCUGUGUGAAAGAUACUUUUCCCCAUGAAAAAAAAUUCAUUUUUACUGCCUUCUAUCUGUUGCUAUUGUGUAAAAACAGCAAUUGCGGCAACAGGCAUAGUUCUGCGUGAAAGGGCCUGACAAAUAAAUAAAUCUGGCAAUUUUUCCACCUUCUUAGGUAGCAUCAUGGUGGCAUUGGGGGUCUGUACAAGGUAAAAAGUUGGAUUAAUGUGGUAAUUUUGUAGGAUCUCUGUGUGAAAGAUGAUUGUCCCUAUGAAAAAAAUGCAUUGUUACUGCUUUUUAUCUGUUGCUGUUCUGCAAAAACAGCACCAACCGUAAAAAUUUGGGACAAACUGUCAAUUUUUUGCCUUUGGACAAAGAAUCACAAUCAUAAUUCACAGAGGCACACAAUGCCGGGACACGUCUUUAUUCCCGUGUUGCUGUGUGAAAGCGCACACAUUUGCGGCAACAUGCAGAGUUCUGCGUGAAAGGGAAUAAACGCUUGGAUCCGGCAAGUUUGCAAUACCUCUUUGCGACAGGCUGAUGAUUUGUGACAGGCAGGCGGGAAUGAUGCCUGCCACCCUCUGCACUUGAGUAAACAAACACCCCCGGCCUCUCUUUGAGGGAAUCAAAGAGUCGACAGGAGAGGCAACACGCGAUGCCAGAACGGGACAAAAGUGGGCUUAAACUGCCGGAGCAGAUGAAUCACACAGUCCAGUCUGACGCUACCAGACCCGAAUAGGGGCCGGUUUGUUUUGGGCCCUCGUUAUGCAAGCUCCCUUUGUUGUCCCUGUGUGAAAUGUGCAGCGGUGGGGACGCUCCCUUCCGUUCUUUUGGGUCGUGAAACAUAUGUACAUAGCAAAAAAAAAAAAGAUUUAUAAUUUAUACAGUAAAUUAUUGUUUUCUUUUGUAUGUAAGUGGGAACUGUCUUUUUUUUUUGUUGUUUGUUUUUUUGUAGGAGUCCAGUGCCUGCUUGGUUUUAUUUAACGUGUCGCAGAAAUAAAGUUACGUUUGCAUGUUUUCCUAA